AUGCGGAUGGUCAUACUCCAGGGUUACUUGUGGAUUGCCACAGGGUUCAGUGCUUGGAACAGUUCUUUUUACUAUAUAUAUAUGCUCCCAAUUGGUAAAAUCAUUAGACAGCAUGGGAUAAACUUUCACUGUUAUGCUGACGAUACUCAGUUAUAUUUAUCCAUUAACCCUGAUGAACCUAAUCGGUUAGGUAGAUUACAGGCUUGUCUGGAGGACAUAAAAAAGUGGAUGACUCUAAACUUUUUGCUUUUAAAUCAAGAUAAGACGGAAGUUCUCAUCUUUGGACCUGAAAAUCAGAAAAGGAAAUUGCUUAGUCAAUCACUUGACCUGAAUGGCAUUACAUUAAUCUCCGAGAACAAAGUAAGGAAUGUUGGUGUUAUCUUUGACCAGGACAUGUCAUUCAAAUCCCAGGUUAAACAGGUUUGUAGGAUUUCCUUUUUCCACCUUCGGAAUAUUGCUAAGAUUAGAAGCAUCCUUUCCAGGAGUGAUGCUGAAAAACUAGUUCAUGCAUUUAUUACAUCAAGACUGGAUUACUGUAAUUCAUUACUCUCAGGAAGUCCACAGAAUGUAGUUAAAAAUCUUCAGCUUGUCCAAAAUGCUGCAGCUAGAGUUCUGAUGAGAAUUAAAAAGAGAGAUCAUAUCUCUCCUGUCUUAGCUUCCCUACAUUGGCUACCUGUUAAAUUCAGAAUAGAUUUUAAGAUCCUUCUUCUCGCAUAUAAAGCUCUUAAUAAUCAAGCUCCAUCAUACAUCAGUGAUCUGAUUGUUCCAUAUGUUCCUAACCGAGCACUUCGCUCUCAGACUGCAGGUCUACUGGUGGUUCCCAGAAUAUCUAAAAUUAGGAUGGGAGGCAGAUCUUUUAGUUAUCAGGCUCCUCUCCUGUGGAACCAGCUCCCAGCCUUAGUCCGUGAGGCAGACACUUUGUCUACUUUUAAGAAUAGGCUUAAAACAUUUUUAUUUGAUAGGGCCUAUGGUUAAAAUCUGAUGUUAGCCUAAAUCUGGACAAGUGGAGGAGUAGAGGGAGGUGGAGUGUACAGUCGGUAAAGACGGCUCUCCCUUGCCCUGCCUCCAACAUGCCUCCAUCUAAAAGGAUAGAUUAUCCAGAGUUAUCUCUGUAGUUAUGCUGCUAUAGGCUUAGACUGCUGGAGGAUACACUGACCACUUUUCACACUCUACUGCUUUCUUCUACAGUCUAACCUUUAACUGUACUAUUUUCUGCAAUUUCAGCUGUUAACUUUAUUUUCUCUGUGUUUUUCUCCCCAGAAGAAGCUACAACGAUGUUCUGCUGAGCUGUGGUGGCCUCAUGGAGGGGGCCAUCAUCUAGCACACUGCUGCUAACCACUAAAACAUUAUACCUUUCCUGAUAAUAACUUUUUGCUUUCCUUGACAUUGGAUGUGCUAAUACUAGUUUAUCCAUUUAAUUAUAGAUCCACUAGGAUAAAUACAAUAGUUUAUCUUUCACCAAAUAGAAUAUUUACUAAGACAUCACAAUAUAACUAUAGACACAUUACUUGUCUUUGUAUGUGUGUGUGUGCGUGCGUGUGUGUGCGUGCGCAUGCAAUGUGUGUGUGUGUGUGUGUGUGUGUGUGUGUGUGUGUGUGUGUGUGUGUGUGUGUGUGUGUCUGCUCUGUCCUCGAUCCCCAGUGAGUCAUGGUGGAUGGCUGCUUAUACUGAGCGAGGAUCCUCUGGUGGUUUCUUCCUGUUAAAAGGGAGUUUUCCUCUCCACUGUCGCUAUAUGCUUGCUUAGUAUGAGGACUGCUGUAAAGUCACUGACACUAGUUAGUGACUUGAUGCAAUUUGCUGGGUUCCUUAUAUAGGAAACAUUUUUUCUGAUUGGCUUAAUGAACUUACCAGAAUUGGAAUGAUUAUUAUGUGAAGUGCCUUGAGAUCACUCUUGUCGUGAUUUGGCGCUAUAUAAAUGAAAUUGAAUUGAAUUGAAUUGAAUACAACUUAAGAAAAACAUCAUAAUAUGUCUCCUUUAAAGUAACUGCUCCGCUGCCUUACUAGUUGUUAAAGUGGAAUUACAACAGCUGCGACCUGCUGUAGCUAGCGCUAACAAUGAGCUAACAUUAACAUGAGCCAACUAAUACUAACAUAAAACACAAAGUAAAAAGACACUGUUGGAAAAAAUAUUAUUACUUACAAGUCCAGUAGCAACAAAGCCAAGGUCACCAUCAGUCUGUGAUUUUGGAGCCUCUUUUAGCUUCUUCAAAGUGGCGUAGGCCACGUUGAUGCUCACUCUGGUUUUAGAUCUUUGCUUUGCCUCCAAAGACAUUACUUUUACUUCCAGGAUCCACAAAAGAAAAACCAAAAAUCUUCUACUUUCUUCUUGUUGUGCAUGGAAAAGUUCAAAAGUUGGCAGCUCUGCCAUUAUCUCUCUGUUAGCUCUGUUUGUUCUGUGCUAGCUUUCUGUUAGCAGUCUGUUAGCUCUGUGCUAGCUUUCUGUUAGCUGUCAGUUAGCUCUGUGCUAGCUUUUUGUUAGCUGUCUGUUAGCUCUAAAUCAGCUUUCUGUUAGCUCUGUGCUAGCUUGUUAUUAGUUGUCUGUUAGGUCUGUGCUAGCUUUCUGUUAGCUCUGUGCCAGCUUUAGCUCUGUGCUAGCUUUUUGAUAGCUGUCUGUUAGCUCUGUGCUAGCUUUUUGUUUGAAUAACCUUUAUUAGAAACUAUAAUAACAAGAGAAAACUAAAGGAUUUAAAGGUUUUAUUUAGGUAUUUGGUGGACUUUGUGGCACGUAUAAGACGAGUCUAUGGAGGACCUCUCCAUCUCUGCACAGAGAACAGACACAACAGGUGAGAACAUCCAAACAAAGACUUUGUGUUCAUAAUGAUGUGUUUCACUGACAGGAUCCCUACAGGCUGAAUUAUAAUGGCUCCAGACAGCGUUACCGCUGGUGUGUUGGACAUCUGAGAACAAAAAACACAAAACAGGUGUGAGACAAUAACCUGCUGUGGCACCACCUGUCCACCAGGGGACAGGAUUCACCUUUAAGUAAAUCAGUUAAAACCUCUUUAACCUGCUGUCAUUUUACUUUUGAUUAAACAAAACAAGGUUCAUUUUAGAAUUAAAAUUUAAAAUCUCAAUUGAAAAAGCUGCAGAAUUAUUCCAGACUGAGGAAGUGAUCUGGGAAUAAUGUUGCUGCUGCCAGCCGAGGAGCUUCAGGUUACAUUCCCAAAGGACAUUUUUGUUCAAUUAAGAAUUUAUAAAACUUAACCGAGUGAAGGUUAAAACAUCCCUCGUUGUUGCAUCAGGAGAAUAAAAACACUCGAUGAUUUUU